AUGACAGGUACGGUGCCCUACCUCGAGGACGGCCCCUUCAGUAUCCGACAAGGCAACGCCUGGCUGGAGAAGCUGAGGAAGAGCAUCAAACCGAGCUCCUGGAAUGACUUUCUUCAAAAGCCAGGCAAGUACAUCCUCGCCUACGAGCAGCACUUUGUUUCUGCCCGACACCAAGAGGAUGAGGUGUUAAUCAACAUGGGAGGUCGCACGCAUGAGUUUGAGUCCUUCCAGCUCACGCGUCAAGACCGCGGCAUUCGACGCCAUCCUGCCACCGGCAAACUAUGUGUUGACGACACCAGAUUCGACCAUGUGUUCGAGCUUGUUGACCAUGUCGAGCCAGCUUUGGUUGCGGACUACUCAGGUGGCAAACUUGUCCAGGAAGCUGCCGUGGAUUUUGAAGAAGUGUGGAACCAGCUUCAACUCCAGCGGCAGGAUACGGAUGGUGUGGUUUUGCGUCAUCCUCAGCCGCAGCGCAUCGUGAAUGAUCGCAAUCCAGAUCUAGUAGAAGCUGCCGUGGAUUUUGCAGAAGUACAGAACCAGCUUCAACUUCAGCGGCAAGAAACUGAUGGUGUGUUUUUGCGUCAUCCUCAGCCGCAGCACAUUGCGAAUGAUUGCAAUCCAGAUCUAGUUUCCGACACCGACAGCGAGGAGGACGGCUUCUGGGAUGUUCGCUCGGACUGGCUCGAGCGUUUUCGAGCUCGAAGACAGCAAUCAGAGAAUGGACAGAUGCUGCAGCAAAACGAGUUGGUUCAUCGCCAGGCCUAUAGCUUAUUGCGUGUCGAGAGAAUCAUGACAACCAACGACGUUCCAGCCGAGCAGUUUGCUUCCAGCUCAUCCAUUUCUCGGCGGCGCAUCACAAUGGAGUACUUCGGCGGUGUCCUACCAGGCUUGGUGGAUGGACAGCAGCUGGACUAUGCUGGUGGCGGCAGUUGGACAAGUGACGAACCUUAUCCAACUGCUUUGGACUUUUUCAAUAGCCAAACAGACUUUUUUCAGCAUGAAGCGGACAAGCACGUUGCAGUGGUUGUCAAAGUCAUGCGAGAGCAUUUGAACCUCUUGCGGACGUCGCCGUUGGCUGUGGCAUUUUUACCAGAUCCUCGUUAUCGAAACUCGAUAUCGAAGAGACUCUGGGAACGCCUCAUGUACCGAGCCAGGGCAAUCUUAGAUUUCGUGGAGCAGAAGCAGCACUACAUGCUCUUUGCAUUUCUGCACGCAGAGGCCAAGCAUGUAAAGGCCGGUUGCAGAAAUGCUGUGCAGGACUUGCCACACCCGAAGGAGUACGGCGGCACCGAUGAAGAGUGGCGAACGCUUGCACUGGAGCACGCUCUUCAGCUUCACCUGGAUUUAGCCUGGCAACAGAAAGAGCGCGGCGAUUUCAAGAAGGCGAUUCUCUCCGAAAACGACUACACUGGAGGUAGUCUUUCGGCAGACAUCCUCCAUGCCUUACCAGGAUACUUCUUUUCCUUUCACUACCUGAAGAAUUUAGCAUGUGCGUCUUCUGAAAUGAGACGCGCCGUGCAGAACCCAAAGCAUUGGAACGACAGGUGCAUCUCACUCAACUCAGUCGAGUUUACUGAUGGUCUGAAGCUGAGAUGCAUGACGCGGGCCUAUAUGUCCGCUCGCGCCGUGUCUUUAGAUCUACGACAACUUCCUUUGCUAGGUGAGUUUCCAAACAGUAUGUUGCUUGAGUGGACUGGUCGGGGCCUUCCACAACUCCGCAACCUGACAGGCUUCGAAUCGGCUGGACCGUUGCUGGGCACUGCUGUGUUCGAUGUUAUUCUGCCCCCCAACGCAGUGGGCAUGUACCUUGGCGUUCGUGACUGGGGAGAUCGAAGCGGAAGGAAGCAAUCGUUCUUCCGCUUUGAUAAUAUUUACACGGAAAGUGAAACACUUUCCUUCGCUUCGGGCGAUCUGCCACCGCAGCUUCACCGCAAACCACAGCGGGUGUCUUUGCAAGCUCAGCAAUCUCAUCGUGUUUUGCUUCGAUGGAAGCAAGACGUGAUGGAGCUGAUUAUCGAUGGUGUCGGAGUUGCCAGAAUCCGACCUAGGGAGAGUUCACCGGCGAGCUUCGGUAUCGCCCUGUUCCAGCUCCCAUUCAGCACAAUGCUUCCAUUACUUGUUUUCUUUGCCACAGAGAUCAUGAUCUUUGCCUACCCAGAUGGUCGAGUGGACAUGAGAUGCAAAGUGGAGGAGUAUGAAGGAGGCGCCGUGUUGGAUGAGCUGCUCGCGGAAUUGCCAGGAUUUUACUUUUCGUUUGACUAUCUCAAGAUGCUAGCGUCUGCUUCCAAGACAAUGCUUCGCGCCGUGCGGGAUCGUCGACACUGGCAAGGCAAGCUUGUGACAAUGAACACUGAAGAAUUUCAACUUCCCAUGAAGCUGAGAUGGAUGAUGGAAGCUUACAUGUCUGCACGUGUCGUCACCAUCAACGUUCGUCAGCUCACCAUGUUUACAGUUUUUCCUCGCAAUAUGCUCUUGGACUGGAGCGCGACAGCCAUGUUGGGCGGCCCUGGUCCUGCAGUUGUGCCAAAUAUGCCAGGGACAGGGUUUCAGUCAACCGGUCCUUUGAUGGGAAAUGCUGUAUUUGACAUCAUUCUGCCGCCCAACACAGUCGGCAUAUAUAUUGGAGUCCGAGACUGGUGUGACUUGCGUUCUCGGACGCAUGCCUACUGCAUGUUGGAGAAUAUUUUUGAGAAUGCACAAGCCUCGUUUGGAUUGGGAAAUGGUCCACCCCAACCACACAUGAGUGCCCGAACAAUUCGGUUUCAACCCGACCACACCCAUCGCAUCGUCUUCCGAUGGAAUCCGAGAAUGUUCCAGAUUGCACUGGAUGGCGUGAACGUAGCCACAGCCCGUGCUCGUGAAGGAGCUCCAGCUGCGCCAUGUGCUUUGGCAAAGCUUUUUUUUUGGGUCUAUGGCCGGCCUACCAGGAACUUUGUCUUGCUUCAGUAUCGCCCAGUACCAUCUCUCGUCGACAACAACGCCACAAUCAGGUGCGUUAUUUGCAACAGGGACCACGGGCUGCAUCUGCCUCGCUGGUGUGUCUGUCCACACUGCGACACAUGGGUUUGUUCGGUUCAUGCUGUACACCUUCCUGAACGACUGUGUCCACGAUGUCCGAACCAGUUGAUUGAUUACAUCGGUGGAAGUACUGAAACGGCAGAGGCUUUCCCACAUGCUGUGGAUUACGUUUACAGCAGAGAGCAGAAAUUGCAGAACGGCAUGACCUUUACUGCGUCGUCCGAGAAGGAGGAAGGGAAGGACUUUUGCGGCGGGGCUGCUGAGGAAUUACAUCUGGUGUCUAACAACAUGACGUUCAAUACAUGGUUGCGUUUCAGCUCGAGUCGGUCCGAAGCAUGGUGCCGGCGAGAGAAACGACGCAGGUUGCAAUGCAACCGCAACAAGAGCAGCAAUGGUUGGUCGGACUUAGCGCCUCGGUUGCUGCUCGACUUGAUACCGCAGGAUUUUACGCAUCUGCCAGCUGCUCAGCCAGAUUGCAGCUUGCUGUCUCGCCUGCACGAACAUGAUCGGGACAAGCGAAUCAACUUCCUGUCAGAGACUCACGUCUACUAUGUGGACGGCGUCCCGAUGAGCAUUUCCGUGACUGGCUUAGUUCACAAAUUCGCUGAAAUUUUCGAUGCGGACGGUGCAAUCGCCAACAUGCAAAACAGUUCAAGAUGGCCGCGCCCUGAAUAUUCCAGCGUGCAGACAAACGGCAUGCUCCUGCCCAUGACUGCCGAGGAGAUCAAGCACAUGUGGCUUCAGAAUUCUCGAGAUGCAGCUCACCGCGGUACAUGGAUGCAUCUCCAAAUCGAGGUCCUUAUGAACGGCGGUUUCGGAGCUGGUCAUUGGCCUGAGCUGAAGUUGUUUGGUCAAUUCCUAAGAGAAUUCUCCCGUCCCUUGCUGGCAUUUCGCACCGAGUGGUGCAUUUUUGCAAAGGAGCACAGUUUGGCCGGUUGCAUCGACUUCGUGGCCAAAACAUCGAACAACAGCCUGGUCCUGUUCGAUUGGAAACGAACCAAAAACCUGCGCAUGAAAUACACCAACAAAUUUCGGAAUAUGCAUUCGCCUUUGAAUCAUAUUCCAGACUGCGCAGGUUGGCACUACCGCCUGCAGCUGAACACGUACAAAUACAUCCUAGAGCAUCACUAUGGCUAUGUUGUGUCUGCGAUGUACGUCGUUUGCCUUCAUCCUGACAACAUGGAGACAGGUCCAUUCCUUGACGAGGUUCCCAACAUGUCGCACGACGUGGCUGCUAUGCUAACGGCAAACGCAGGCGGUAAAGAUGUUCCUUGGCAGGAUGUGGCGGGCGGCGCAGAUCCCGAUGCGGGCGCUUCGCAGCCAUCCUUCAGCGCCCGCCUGGCUGCAGAACAGGAAGAGAUGGAUGUGGCAGAGUCGCCAGCUGACAGAGCAACGCAGGAUAAUGAAGCUUUAGCACUGGCAUUGACUCAGAAUGGUUCGGAAGCUCAGAACGACCUAGCCUUGGCCAUACCAUCUGGCGACCUUCCUGAGGAAGCCAUUAGCACUGCGAAAAAAAGGCGCUUGAUGCCAGGUGCAACCAACUCUCACGCAGACUUCGAGGACUUAUUCGACUUGACGGCAACAGCAUGUUCCUUUUCCUUGUCUACAUGUCCUACUGUCGAGAACAACUUCCCGGUGGUGUCUGUAAAGGAGCAAGCGAGGAAACUCAUCGAGUAUAUUCGUGUUAGGCAACCAACCUGGCCCGAAGACAUGGUGCGCCUCGCUGCUUCGGCAUUAAACGUUUACCGGACGCGCUUCACGGAUAUCUUCGUCCGUGAUCUCGUCAGUCUUAUUUGGAUGAUUGAAGGCGACAGAUACAUUCGUGCUCAUCGCGGUGUAUGCUACUUAUACCAUAGUGAUGGAGCGUUUGACCCCUACAACGGAGUGCCACCGGAGUCAACAUUUUACAGGCUAAAAAAAAUUCUGUUGAAGUUAGAGGGCCUUUUUCGGCUUAUGUCUCCAGCUACUGAUCGCUCUGAUGCCGCUAUUCAUAGAGAAAUUGUUCGACUGCUGGCAGAAUUCAACAACGUCCAUGAUUUCCUGGAGGCUUGCGAAGACACAGCCGUGAUGGCAGACGCAACGGCAAUGCCUCGUAGGGGACGAGCUGCACAGGAAGCCGAGCCUGCCCCGCAUUCAGGUUGGCCGGACAAGACAGCCUACAUGCUUGCGAAAGUCUUGGCACCGCUGCAGAAGGAUUUGCUUGAAGAACGACGGCUCCUUCACUUCCUCAUCCAAUGGUGUGACACACCCUCUCAGCGGCAGGCUGGGUGCGCCUACCAAGACAUCUCGGUGGUUUAUGACGUAAGUCCUACUGAACAUGUAAAGCUGGUCUUGCCAUCGCCAGAGAACAAUCUGUAUGUCAGAAUCUCCCAUCCUUUGCAGCCACACUUGCCGGAUCCUGUACUACGUGACGCCAAGCUUCGACUCGAAAAGUUUGUCAAGCAAACCUUUUGGUGCAAUCAGCAGUACUACAAGGCGACCCUGGCGGCAAUCGGGCUAGCGAAACGUGGUGAAAACAUCGAUCGCUGCUUUAUCGGCGAAUCUGCCGGCGGAACUGGCCAGUCUCUGUUCAGCAGCCACCUGGCUGCUGUAUACAGUCAUAACCACGCAUUCAUCGACCCGAAUCUCUUCCAUAAUGAAGAAGAGAUGCGAAAGCAGCUCGAGCAGUUUGCUCACUGUUGGAUCAUCACCGCCCAGGAAGCCCCGGAAACCCACCGGCACUUCCAGCAGGACUUAUACAAGAAAUUCAUGUCGGCUGAUGAUCUUGCGGGUCGCAAACCGUACGGUUUCGUUACAAAGAUGAUGCGGGUUUGUGGAUUCAAGAGAUUCGAGACCAACAAAAUCAUGACUUUCCGAAACGUCAUGGAAACUAACUUCAACUCAAUUUACAGACGCUGCCUGGUGUGGAAGCCUCAGCCAAUCUUUGUGGAGAACACAUCCUUUGGAGAUGCUUACAAUGAUCCAGAUGUUGAUGGCAUCUUCGAGAAGGAUCCCACCCUGCGAAGUUUUCUCGAAAGCGGUCCGGCUAUUGCAGCUGCGUUACAACAGCAGCACGGCUUCGAAUCUCAUUACUCUCGACAGGACUGUUUUCAAUUGAUCGAAGACUACGCCUUAAGCGGCCUGACGGAGCGCAAAGUCAGAGAAGCUUGUGGCCUGUGUCCUCGGGAGGACCAGCACCACAAGCGCAUUUACUUGCCUAAGAGUCCAGAGCCGACCGCGGAGAAUCCGCACAGCAAUUUCGCCGCGAUGCUGAAGCGGACUGAGGAGGAGGCCGACCAGGCAGUGCAACACACCACGCCUGUUGAGAAAGCACAGGCGGCAACCGUGAAAUAUUUCUUGAAGACAGACAAGGCACAGGUGACAAAGACUUGGUGGACACGGUUUGCCAAAGCCAAGCUCGGAUAUAGCAAGGACAUGUUCGAGGAGUUGGUCAAGGAAAAUGUUUUUCUUCCAGUGGAUUCAAAAUCAGAACCAGAGAAUUUCAUUCCGACCAUACCAUGCACGAAGUCCUUGGAGGAUGUCCUCAUCGUCGGGUAUGAGUCUGAGGCAAUCGUGGUGCGGGAGCGUCUCAAUGCCAGGAAACUGUGGGACGCUGUGGAACGCAAUGCUGCUCGAACUGCAAAUGCCGAACUCCUCGUGCAUUUCUACUCUCACGUGAUAUCCAGGUUAGAGUCCGGAAGAGGCCGUAAAUCUCUGCAGCAUUUAGAGAAACUUGCUCUUUGGCGAAGCUUUCAUGACAAACUACGGAAACACGAAGACUGUGCUGGCGGACUGCUGGACUUACUGGAGAAGCAGCUUCCACAAACGACUGAGCAACCUCGCGAGCAGCCAUGUACAGCAAAAGCGAAAGAGACGCUUACUCGUCGAGCUAUAAGAAAGAAAUCUUCUGUCGCAGCACUUGAAGCAUCAUCUCCAGGCCAGAGCACGUCUUCAUCAAGUGGUGUACGACCUGCAAAUCCUUUUGAAGCAGGCGACGGCUUUGUCGAGCUUGAUGUCACUUAUAAGUACAAGUUGCCGUGUGUGCGUACUCGCAAAUACGGAGACUGUCAUUCUGUGCAGAAUUUGGGUACCGCGUGGCAGGCGGUCGCAUUGGCAGAUACGAUAGAUCUCGACAUUGAGAACUGCUCCUUCACGUUGCUCUUACAAAUCUUAACCAAAUUACAGCCGAAGCACGAGUGUUGGCCGGCAGUCAAGGAGACUUUGCGUCUUUGUGCCAAGGAGCGGAAGCAUGUUAUCGAGAAUACACUGAAGCUGCCUCUGUCGGAAGGAAAGCUGCUGCUGCAAAAGAUUUUGAAUGGCGGCUCGCCACCCCAGGAGCUUGCAGGCAACACCUUCGUGCAGGAGCUGCAGCAGGCAUCCUUGUUUUGCCGGUGGGUAGCGGCGACAGUGCUCAAGGACACAGCUUGGCCUUCCUUGGUACAAAUGAAAGAAAGGCCAGACGUUUCCGUCCUGACCUACUUCUGGAAUAUUGCUGAAGAUUUGGUUCUAGAUUCCUGGCUUGGCAAGGUGCAGCCACUGCAAAGCAAACACAUGUCAUUGCACUUUGAUGGCAUCAGAGUAGAUCGCGACAUCGCGCAGCCUGAUGUGAAAGCUUUCUGUAAAAGCUGCAGCGAUGCCAUUUUCGAGGAAACCGGCCUGGACGUCCAUAUUCGUGCUAAAGAACGAUACACCUUUCACGCUUUGUUGACGCAGGUGAACGACAGUAAAGCAGUUGCCGAGAAGUUGAUGCUCCACAUCUUUGCUCGACUUCCGUCAGGUAAUUUAAAGUCAGGCCACAAGGUUCUUCUUCAUCUUGCCACGGACGGCAACCCGCACAGUCUUGCUAUGGAGGUCCUGCCGGGGGAGCAAAUUUGUGUGACGGAUGUCAACGUCAGCUACGCUUUUCCUGUCCAACAUCUUGCACACAUGCUGUCGGAAGCAACCGAUCGUAAGUACAUUCUCUUUUUCUUCUACGUGAACCAAAAGCCCGCAAAGAACGAACGUGAUGCAGAAGACAAGGAAUAUGAGAUGCUUCUGGACACCUUGGCAGGCGGCAAGGAACAUGGAUAUGACGAGUUCGUUAAAGACCUGGAGUUGCCUGUUGUGGACGAGAAAGAAGAAGACGAUGACGCGGCGGAUGAUGAUGAGAGCGUGUACGCGCUCCAUGCUCGACUUCUGGCCACCUUCCCCGGUGAGACUAACAGCCUCCUACCUCGGCAUGUCAAUCACUGGUGGCCAUUGGUCGAAGACAUUUUCAUGUCACCGCGCAUCACAAGCCUGGAGCAAGAGCUAAAAGCGGAACUAGUCCAUCAUGAAGAGUUCGAAGUAGUAAGUAUGGACGCAACGCUGCGCUGCUGUUUGCCCAUCAUGGGCCAGGCACACCCCAGGGCAUCCCGCGAAGAAAAAAUGCGAGCAGCUUUUCAUGGAGAAACAGCGCUGACUCGGGCCUUUUGGUUGCACCUAUGCCAAUUGUUUGUUUUGCUUGGAUUGUUUUUGUUGUAUAAGUCUGUAUAA